CAGGAAAACGCCCCAGCUCUCCCCGUGCAUCCUACUCCUCCACAGCAGUAACGCAGCGAGGUCCGCGCGUCUCCAACGCUGAUCCACGGGGCUGCUGAAUGAGGGCGCUCAUGGAGAAAGUGCACUCCUGAAGGGCUUCCAUGUUUACCUUAACGUCUCCUUGAAUUGACGGAGAAAGAAGAAGAAGACGAAGAAGAAAGGGAGAAAUGUUCUAGUUGAGACCCGGGACGCGUAUUUUCCUUCCCGCGGACUCGCACCUGGCUGUCCAAGCGCGCACGCAGAGAGGGACAUCUGAUUUCUGACUAUUUAUUCCCAUUCCACCCGCGCACAACCGCCUCCACUUUUCCCCGUUAAACCCGAAGCCACUUGCCCCCGUGCCGAGGGACACGUGGAGAGGCUCUCUUACCUGCGUUGCAUCCCAGCUGGUCCUCGUCCUGAGCAUCUGGCUGGAAGGGUAGCCGCCGUGUCCCGAGGAGGAUGCCGAACAGAUACUGGAUCUGCGUUUGUGCAUAAAGGAGUUUUCGGGUGCAAAUCGCCACUUCUGGCAGUCAUGGGGAAUAGAGGGCUGAAGACGCAGUCCUGAAGAUUGAUGGAGGGCCAUGCUAUUCAAACAGCAGGCAUUGCUGAGACAGAAGCUCUUCGUUCUGGGCAGCCUUGCUAUCGGAAGUGUCCUCUAUCUCGUGGCCAGGGUUGGGACCUUGGAUAGGCUACAGCCCAUUUGCCCCAUUGAGAGCCGACUUCCCCCUCCUGAUCCAGAGCAGAUACCUCUCCGAACACUGCAGUUCAAGCGCGCCCUGCUCCAUGAACUGCGCAAGGGCAAUGCCACCAAAGAGCAAAUCCGCCUGCACAACCUGGUCCAGCAGCUACCGCGGGCCAUUAUCAUUGGGGUUCGUAAAGGGGGAACCCGCGCCCUGCUGGAGAUGCUUAACCUGCAUCCGGCGGUGGUCAAGGCCUCGCAGGAGAUCCACUUCUUUGACAAUGACCAGAACUACGGUCGGGGCAUCGACUGGUACCGCGAGAAAAUGCCCUUCUCCUUCCCCCACCAGAUCACCAUCGAGAAGAGCCCCGCUUACUUCAUCACGGAGGAGGUCCCCGAACGCAUCUUCAAGAUGAACUCCUCCAUCAAGCUGCUGAUCAUCGUCCGCGAGCCCACCACCCGAGCGGUGUCCGACUACACGCAGGUGCUGGAGGGCAAGGAGCGUAAAAACAAAACCUACCACAAGUUUGAGAAGCUGGCCGUGGAUUCCGGCACCUGCGAGGUGAACACAAAGUACAAAGCGGUGCGGACCAGCAUCUACACCAAACACUUGGAGCGCUGGCUCAAGUACUUCCCCGUGGAGCAAUUCCACAUCGUGGACGGGGACCGCCUCAUCACAGACCCGCUGCCAGAGCUGCAGCUUGUUGAGCGCUUCCUCGAGCUGCCCUCGAGAAUCAGCCGGUACAACCUGUACUUCAACGCCACCAGGGGAUUCUACUGCUUGCGAUUUAACAUUGUCUUCAACAAGUGCCUGGCGGGCAGCAAAGGCCGCAUCCAUCCCGAGGUGGACCCGUCGGUGGUGACUAAAUUGCAAAGGUUCUUCCACCCUUUCAAUCAAAAGUUCUACCAGAUCACUGGCAGGACCUUCAACUGGCCGUAAACCACACUCGGGAUCCUCCAGUGAGAUUCCCCUUGUGUUUUUGUUGUUCAGAAAUGCCAAGCUGUGAGAUCUCAGAUGAAAAUAUUACUAGCACUUUGAGUUUAAUACAGGAACGACAGUGUGACCAAAUAUAAAAAGGGACUUGAUGUUUGUUUGUACGUUUGUGAAAAGGAAACAAAUAACUUGAUGGUUUGACUAAAAUAAUCCAUUCACUUGAUCUUGCAAGUGAUCUGCCCGUAAUUGUUCUCUAUACGGAGAGAAGAAAAGCAGUACCGAGCUGUGUAAUUAACAGAAAACAUUAUUUUUUGUUGCUCUUUGAAAGACUAUUAAAAGCUAACAUUCACGCUGUUAAGAUACGCUGUUAGUGUGAUUCUUUUUCUCCCAGUACAACGAGCAAAAGAUGUCUAAAUUACAUUUGAUAAACAACACAGUUGUUUAUUUAUCUCCCCCCCGUGUUGUUUAUUUGACCAAAUCUGCAUGCGCAAUCAAGAUGCCACUUUUUACAUCGUAGGCUCCUGUGCUAGUCGUCUUCUGUUCAUAUUGGUUUCUGCCAUGUUUUAAUUUUCUAUUUAUUCUGUAAUGAAUCCAUUUGAAGGUGACCUCUUGUCAUUCCCAACCCGGCACCCAGUCUGAUGAACAGAACCGGUUUAUCAAAACUGGUUCUAGUAUUUAAAGCUUGACUCAAACCCGUAAAGCAUUUAAGCUUUUGUUUUUUUAACGUAAGUCGGUUUCUGGCACAACAGCCAUAAGUGGGGGGAAGGGUUGUCCUCUGAUGAUUGUCGUCAAGCCAACUGUUCAUUCUAUGCUGAUUAGCAAGAUGUGUCUGUGACUGUGCAAAUACUCCCUCUGUAUCAUAAGUGUGUUGUCAAAAAAUGGUUCAAUUAAAAGAAUGUGUAAACAUUUGUCCGCUAA